ACUUCCUUCACACCUCAGUCAUAACUUCCUCAACAUCCGAUCCGCCACCUCUAUAAUUUUUUCCUCUCACCUGCCGUCAAUCCACAGUCAUGGUUUCAUCAGUAUUGGGCAAGCGCACGAGAAGCUCUGUUGAGGCUGCUCUUCCUGCGGCACUUCCUCGUCCGAAAAGGCAAGCAGCAACCGUGAUAUACUCUGAUGAGAACGACGACCUAUUUGCCCCGCGACAGACCCGGGCCAAGGCGCGCAGUAUCAGCUCGGAUGUAUCCUUAAAAUCCUCGCCAGGCAAGCACAAUGGAGCAGCAACGCGAGCCGUGCUACAGCCAACGCAAAUAAAAAAGCACUUCAACACUGUCAAGUCUUUCGAAGCAGACGAAAACACAAAGGUCAUCCAGGUUAAUACGCCGCAAACCCCUCGGCAUCGGGAUGCACUUUCGAAGCAGGUACCCACUACACCAAGGCACCGUGUCACGGUUACGGGCACAGCAGCAACUCCUCGCACUCCUCGAACACCAUCUACUCCAUCCGGAUCGUCCUCGACUAUCUACAAUGUCGCACGUCAACUUUUCACGCGUAGCAGCGAUGCUGGCCGUCUUAUUGGACGCCAAGAGGAGCGCCUUGAGCUGUCCAGCUUCAUCAAUACCUCCAUCAGCACAACAACCGGUGGCUGCACAUACGUCAGUGGACCUCCCGGUACCGGCAAGAGCGCCAUGGUGAACGAGGUGGUUGCCGAGAUACCAGCGAACGAAGUGCUCAAGAAAGCAUACGUCAACUGCAUGUCGAUGAAAUCUUCCAAGGACCUAUAUUGCGUCCUUCUGGAGUCACUGUGUGGCCCAAUCGAAGUCAUCGAAGGCGAGGAAUUGCAAACUCUCCAAGGCAUGUUUGCACCUCGCAAGCCGACAAACGCCAUGUAUCUUAUCACGCUCGACGAGAUUGACCAUGUCGUCACGCUCGACCUGGAGUGCAUGUACAAGCUCUUCGAGUGGGCCCUCCAGCCUUCAUCCCACCUCAUCCUGGUCGGCAUUGCCAACGCGCUGGAUCUUACCGAUCGCUUCCUCCCACGCCUCAAGGCCCGCAACCUCAAGCCCAACCUCCUCCCUUUUCUUCCCUACACCGCUGCUCAAAUCAAAUCUAUCAUUACCACACGCCUAAAGAGCCUCAUCCCUGCUGGCAGCGCAACAUCCGACUUCAUCCCUUUCCUACACCCAGCAGCUAUCGAGCUAUGCUCCCGCAAAGUCUCCGCCCAAACCGGCGACCUCCGAAAAGCAUUUGAUAUCUGCCGCCGCGCCGUAGACCUUAUCGAGACCGAAACCAAAGCCAAGCACCAAGCCUCUCUCGCCCCAGUCCCCGACUCACCAUCCAAGAAAAUCCUUGCCGAGAACCCAAACCUCUCCUCACUCGUCGCCAUGCCUUCUCCAGCGAAAAGCCCCCGCCACCUAUCGAGCUUAAUAGCCGACUCCCUCGCCAAGCUGACCGUCGAGACGGCCCCACGAGCAAGCAUCGCGCACCUCAACAAAGUCACCGCAGCCGCCUUCUCCAACGGCGUCUCCACGCGCCUCAAGACGCUCAACCUGCAACAGAAAGCCGCACUCUGCGCCCUCGUCGCCCUCGAGCGCCGCAAGCGCGCUGCAGCUGCAAACAUCAUGGCCACGCCCUCCAAACUAGCCAACGCAGCGCCAACCAUCAAGCAGCUCUACGACACAUACUGCCACCUCUGCUGCGCGGACUCGGUGCUGCAGCCCCUCACCUCGACCGAGUUCCGCGACGUGGUGGGCAGCUUGGAGACGCUCUCGCUGGUUAGUGGAGUGGAUGGACGGACAGGCAGUUUCGUGAUGGCGAAUACCCCGACGAAGCGGGGGAGGAAGGUUGGGUUUGGUGGCGGGGUUGGGAGCGGUGAUGAGAAGAGGGUGGGGAGUUGUGUGGGCGAGCAGGAGAUUGAGAGGGCGGUUGAGGGGGGGGUGGGCGCGGUGAUCUUGAAGAGCAUUCUUAGUGGGGAGAGUUUGGCGUGGUGUGAUUGAGUGUUGCAUUUUUUUUUCUGCAUAGCGUGGCAUGGCGUCUGGAUCCUCCGGUUGGAGUGGAAUACUCGGAAUUUUACUGUUGGAUUGUAAUUCAGGGCGUGUUUGAGUAGGGGUGUUAAUUAGUAUUUGUGUACAAAGCUCCCGGAUGAGCGCGGGGGUAGAAAGCUCUUCAGCUUUGCUAGAUAUUGCUGUUGGGUAUUAAUCAAUAAACUUGUUUGUCUAUAUCCUCGCACGACAUGGAAUAUCUCUGAAAUUAAGU